GGUACUCUUCAAUGUCAUCGGCAGACGUAACAAUCUUACAGGGCUAGUAAGAACGUCCUGAGUGGUAGCCAUUCACGAUGGCGUAGAUCGAGGGCGAUAGUCCUGUCUGUUGUCUAGCUUCGCAUUUAGCUAUCGUCUCUAUGUUCUCUGCGAUCUCUAUAUUUCUCGAUUCUCCAUUGACAUUUUUCAAACCCAUUCUCACCCAUUACUUCUCGCAAUUAAGCCUUCCAGAUCAACGGAAAAAACACUUUUAUACCUUCUGUCGGGAGGUGUGGAGAUAUAAAAGAAGUCGCAUCUCGCAACCACAACAGCUCUUUCCAAGCAGCAAGACUACGUAAUGGAGCGUUGGCGCGGACGUGUCGCCGUGGUGACGGGUGCAAGCGCGGGAAUCGGCGCUGCCAUCGCCUACCAGUUGCAAGACGCCGGCGUCAAUGUGGUAGCCCUUGCAAGAAGGAAGGAGAAAAUCCAGAGCGCGGUCGAGGAGGCGAGGCAGGAAGCUCGUAAGCGCGGGCGCGUGUCCCUGGGCAAAGCGCCCUCCCCGGGCGAGCUGCACACGCUCAAGUGCGACGUCAGCAACGAGGACGACGUCCUCGCCGCCUUCAAGUGGGUCAAGGACAACCUCAAGACGGUGCACAUUCUAGUCAACAACGCUGGGAUUGGCGGCAGAACAAAGCUGGAUGAAACAAAUACUGCUGAAUGGAAAGGUAUCUUCAACACAAAUGUAAUGGGCCUCAGUAUUGGCACGAGGGAGGCUGUUCAGCUCAUGAAAGCAACUGGAGUGGAGGACGGACAUAUCAUUCACAUCGGCAGUUGGGCGGGGCACAACCUCCUCAAUUUCCCGGGAAUUUCCAUGUAUUCAGCGUCGAAGCACGCUGUCCGUGUUCUGACUGAAGGGCUUCGCAAGGAACUAGUGGCCGCAAAGAGCAAAAUCCGCAUUACGGAGGUCAGCCCUGGUGCGGUGAAGACUGACUUCUCAAAAGACAGACCACCCAGCAAAGAAGUUCUCGCGAGUUUGGGAAUUUCUAAAGCCGAAGACAUGUGGAAGGUUUUGCCACAUCUGCAAUCGGAAGAUGUAGCAGAUGCAGUUCUCUAUGCCAUUGCGACCCCUUCUCAUGUACAGAUUCACCAGAUACUUCUGAAGCCAGUGGGAGAAAAUUUCUAAAAUGGUUAUUUCGGCUAAUGUAAUAUUUCGUUCCUGUUGCCAAUAUUUUUAUUUAUUAAAUCAAUAAAUCUGGAUGUAAAUAUAUUUUGCUCUAUUUAUCUUGACGAAUAUCUUCUAACAGAAA